GAGACUGGCGGUCGCAUAAUUUCUGAUUAUCCGCCGUCAUGGCAGCGGCCUGGGAGCUGUGGUUAUGGUUGAAACAGCGAAUACGGCUGGCCCCACUGCGGGAAGCUCUGCGCCAGUAUCCGCUCUUUUGUUUCAUCCUGCUUUCCCUUACACUGUCCACCAUCCUGCUGUACAGAUACCUUCACAUUUUUAUGAUCUUCUGGUCAUUUGUUGGUGGUGUCGCCACCUUCUACUGCCUUCUGGAGUGGGACACUUUACUCCCGAAUAUCCUUUUUAACUUAAAACACAAGCCCAAGCUGGAGCUGCAAGAGCUUUUCCCCCAAGGUCAUAGCUGUGCCGUGUGCGGUAAUGUAAAGUGCAAGCGGCAUAGACCAACCCUUCAGCUCGAAAACUAUCAGCCAUGGCUGGACCUGAAAGUGCCAUCUAAGGUUGAUGCCUCUCUCUCGGAGGUAUUUGAACUAGUGCUGGAAAAUUUUGUUUAUCCAUGGUAUCGGGAAAUUACUGAAGACGAGUCUUUUGUAGAUGAACUGAGGCUGGCAUUGCGUUUCUUUGCUUCUGUUCUUGUACGAAGAAUCCAGAAAGUUGAUAUUCCAUCGGUUAUAACGAAGAAAUUGUUGAAAGCUGCUAUGAAGCACAUUGAAAUCAUUGCAAAAGCAAGGCAAAAAGUGAAAAACUCCGAAUACCUACAGCAGGCUGCUUUGGAGGAGUACGGACCUGACCUCCAUGUCGCUCUGAGAAGCCGCAGAGAAGAGCUGAUCUACCUCAGAAAACUUACAGAGCUUCUCUUUCCUUUUAUUCUACCUCCUAAAGCAACUGAUAGCAGACCUCUGACAUUGUUGGUGAGAGAGAUUUUGUGUGGUUCUGUGUUACUGCCUUCGCUGGACUUCCUGUCUGAUCCGGACAAUGUCAAUCGGUUGCUUCUUAUUUUCAUGGAUGACAGUCCGCCUGAAGAAGCUACUGAGCCAAUUUCAAAUUUGGUUCCAUUUCUGCAGAAAUUUGCCGAGUCUAAAAACAAGAAUCCCUCGGUGCUGAAACUAGAACUGAAAGAAAUUCGGGCAGAACAGGAUCUUUUAUUCCGAUUCAUGAAAUUUCUGACGUGUGAGGGAGCUGUGCAUGUCUUACAGUUUUGCCUGACUGUGGAAGAGUUUAAUGACAAAAUUCUACAACCAGAACUACCUGACGAUGAAAUGCUGUCUCUGCAUGAAGAGGUGAAAAAAAUAUAUCACACCUACUGUGUGGAAGAAAGCAGGGAUAAAAUACGAUUUGAUCCUUUUAUUGUGGAGGAAAUUCAAAGAAUAGCUGAAGGCCCUUACCAGGAGGUGGUGAAGCUGCAAACCAUGCGUUGCCUUUUUGAAGCUUAUGAACAUGUGCUUUCUCUCUUGGAGAAUGUGUUCACGCCAAUGUUUUGUCACAGUGAUGAGUAUUUUAGACAACUUCUCGAAGGUGCAGAGUCCCCAACACGAAGCUCAAAGUUUAACAGAAAUAGCCUCAGUUUGGAUGAUAUCCGGAGUACACAUAAAAGAGGAGAACCUUCAGGGAUUGGGAAAAUUGGCAGCAGAAUAAAAGGGGUGUUCAAGAGCACAACAAUGGAGGGGGCAAUGCUGCCUAACUAUGGACAGGUGGAUGGAGACGAUGUGAUAGAAGAAGCCAUUAUGGUGUUAGAAGAUGAUUCCCCAGUUGAAGUUCUUAGCGCAUCAACACCCAACACACCUCGUAACCUCUCCGCUUGGAAAAUCACUAUUCCUUAUGUAGACUUUUUCGAGGAUCCUUACCUAGAAAAAAGAGAUCGAAAAGAGAGGAUUCCUGUUUUUUGUAUAGACGUUGAGAGGAAUGAUAGAAAAGCAGUGGGCCAUGAACCCGAGCACUGGUCUGUUUGCAGAAAAUACAUCGAGUUUUAUGUCCUGGAAUCUAAACUCACUGAAUUCCACGGUACAUUUCCUGAUGCUCAGCUUCCAUCAAAAAGAAUAAUUGGGCCCAAAAACUAUGAAUUUUUAACUUCUAAAAGAGAAGAAUUUCAGGAAUACCUACAGAAACUCCUACAGCAUCCAGAGUUAAGUAACAGUCAGUUGUUGGCUGACUUCUUAUCCCCCAACAGCUUGGAGACACAGUUCCACGAUAAGAUCUUACCAGAUGUCAAUCUUGGGAAAAUGAUCAAGUCAGUUCCAGGAAAAUUAAUUAAGGAGAAAGGACAACAUUUGGAACUCUUUAUCAUGAAUUUCAUCAAUUCCUGUGAAUCUCCCAAACCGAAACCAAGUCGGCCGGAAUUGACGAUCCUUAGUCCAACCUCUGAAAAUAAUAAGAAGCUGUUUAAUGAUCUCUAUAAGAACAAUGCUAAUCGAUCUGAGAACACUGAGCGAAAAUAUAACCAAAACUACUUUAUGGAGGUGAUGACCGUAGAGGGGGUUUAUGACUAUUUAAUGUAUGUAGGGCGCGUUGUAUUCCACAUUCCCGAUUGGUUUCAUCACUUGCUUAUGGGUGGACGGAUCCUUUUAAAGGAAACCCUAGAGACCUACACAGACCACUAUCUGCAACGUAAAUUGGACCAAUUAGUUCAGGAACAUCGCUUAGUCUCGUUAAUUACACUUCUUCGAGAUGCUGUGUUUUGUGAAACUGCUGAACCAAGAUCUUUACACUUGAAACAGAAACGUGCAAAGUUGACGUUUGAAGAAAUGAUGCGCUACAUUCCCGACAUAAUUGGAAAAUGUAUUGGGGAGGAUGCAAAAUAUGAAGGAAUUAGGCUACUUUUCGAUGGUCUGCAACAACCCAUACUAAACAAACAGCUGUCUUAUGUACUAUUGGAUAUUGUUAUACAGGAAAUAUUCCCAGAACUUGGCAAGCCACAGAAGGAGGUUUUGGCUGCGCCAUCCUGGAUAUGAAAGCAGGAGAAGAAAUUUCAUGAAAACAUGUACUCUAAAGUAUGGAAAAUACUGUUAGUAACAGCUUCCAGAAUCAUAUUAUUUUUAUUUUUUUACAAAGGGUGGUAACAUCUAUUCCUUCAUUCUUUCCAAAAGGUAAAGAAAAACAUAUGCUCAGAUGUUAUACAUAUGAAUUGUAGUAUUUCCUUUUUUCUGCACAAGUGAAAAAACAGACUGCAUUUUUAUGCUUUUUGCAACAUGCACUUUCUCCUUUAGUGUAGUACUGUAUUUAGUCUUGACAAUGUUGUACAUUUUUUGUAAAUAUUUCCUGAAUGAAAAUCCUUCAUGACUAAAGAUAAAAUAAAAGUUGUGAUUAGAGUUCAA